AACGCAAAACUCGAACCAUCGCGAACAUCGGGAUCUCGCCCCCAAACGGAUAAUUUGAGAUUUCACCGCCUAGAAAUCCAAGCCGCUGGACGUGAUCGUCGUCUCAUAAACCCUAAUUCAUCUCGCGAUUUGCUCUUCUUUAAUCUCCAAAUGUUUCGGAAACUCUGUUCUUCUCUCUCUCGCUCCACCUUCUCCCCAAUUCCCACCAAACCCAUCCCCAAAUCCGGUCCUUAUCCCCAAUUUCUCCGUCAACAUCCUCGCUUCUGUUCUUCUUCCUUGAAAAUGACCGAUACCCAGGCGCCGAAUAGCGCUGAAAACCCUAAUCCCGGCGCGAUUUCGUCCCCCACUAAGCCCGAAUUGCUUCGCGCGCUCGAAUUCCAUCUGGGCUCCUGCUUCUCCGUCGACCCGAUAAGCCCUCCGCCGGUUCCGCUCAUCAUCGUAAUCAGUGGUCCGAGCGGCGUCGGGAAAGACGCGGUGAUUAAGAAGCUCCGUGAAGUGCGCGAGGGUCUGCAUUUCGUCGUCACCGCCACGAGCCGAGCGAUGCGGCCCGGUGAAAUCGACGGCAAAGACUAUUUUUUUGUGUCCAGGGACGAGUUCUUGUCAAUGGUGGAGAAAGACGAGCUUCUGGAGUACGCCCUCGUCUACGGCGAAUACAAAGGAGUACCCAAGAAGCAGAUUCGAGAGUUCAUGGCGAAAGGGUACGAUAUCGUUCUGAGAGUCGAUAUUCAGGGAGCUCAGACACUGCGGAAGAUUCUGGGUAACUCCGCCGUGUUUAUUUUCCUUGUGGCGGAGAGCGAGCUUGCGAUGGUGGAGAGGUUGAUUGAUCGGAGGACUGAGAGUCAGGAGGAGCUGCUUGUUAGGGUUGCGACGGCGAGAGAAGAAGUUAGGCAUCUGAAGAACUUCGAUUACGUAGUGGUGAAUGCAAAAGGGAAGCUUGACGACGCUGUUAUGCGGGUCGAGUCCAUCAUCGAUGCCGAGAAGGCUAAGGUUCAUCAGAGGAGUGUCAGAAUAUGAUCAUCUCGCUUGUUUCCUUCUUUCAUUGCAGUCCUUUUCAGGUUACGCAGAUUUGAUCAUCGGGGGAAGGGAUUACGUAAGGGAAACUGCAGCGGUUUGCUUAUGCAGGAAUGCAUGCGUAUCGGCAUCGGACUGAUUCAUGUACCUGAGAAGACGAAUCCUUGUUCUCCAUGUCUUUGCACUCGUAUGCCUCCUCCUCCUUCUUCUUUCAGAUUAACAGUUUCUAUUCUCUGUGUUACAUAACACUGGCAUUGAUUCAUUUUAAUCCCAGAAGUGGCAAAUGAUGCAAUCUUCAAAGGUUCAUGGUUUUGCCAAAAUCAAACGCAUAUAAAUCAUAGUAGAUUCUAUUGUUUGUUUAAGAAGGAUCUUGCAAGAGCAUUGAGGGGAUGGAAUGAUGUUUGAGUCCUGCAGAAACUAUGCUUGCUUUGGUUGUUUUCUUAGCAGCCUUUUUGCUUCUGUUUGAUUGUAACUUCAACUGGUCAAGUAAUCUGGAACCUAUCUGAUGAGUAUUAUUAUUACAUGAGUUCCAAUCAUUUCGGAACUUGGUUUUGCCCACGAAACAA